CUGAAAGGUUGUUGCAUUGGCAGCUUCAGGGGGAACCGGUCAUUGUCCCUCAACCAUUCUCUCUGAGCUCAUGGUCUCUUCAUGAAGACUUGAUAUACGACUGCCUUCUCUGUAGCUUGUUGCCUGCUCCUGCUACCAGCUUGGUUUGAUGUUUACUAAACAUGCGGUCAGUAAAGUGGCCUGCUUCUGCUGCCUGUGACCCAGCCACUGUGGAGGUCAAGAUGGAUGACCUGCACCGUAAACUAGACCAGCUUUUAGCACGCAGCUCUGGGGGAAGCUGCCCAAUGUGUAGGAUGUGCAGCCAACACAGUCGGCAGCAAGAGGCUACAGUCAGCCAGCUCUCAGCUCAGGCAAAGCUCCUUGAGAACCUGGAGAGGAAAGUCAUGGACCUGAGGAAUGCACUGGAGGAACUGACAGAAAAUCUAGAAGGCAGGACUUGUGACAAAAUGGCUGUACCUUUAGCAGCUCUGCAGAGAAGGAAAUCUCUACCUGUACGGACAUCAGUGGAUGAAGUCUAUGUGCAGCUGGAUAAACUCAGAGAUCAAAAAAUAAUCCAUAAUGCACCCUGUGGGAAAGGUCAGGAAGACACUCUGAUUGAAGACACAGAAGGUGAGGGGCUUAGAGACAAUGGAUCACCACUCAGAUAUGACUGUGCAGACAGCAAAGCUCAGCGUGAUUCGCAGUCACACAAAGAUUUAUUGAAAGUGACCCCACGCUGGACAACAGCACAGUCUGGGAAUAAAACACCAAAUACAACCAAGAUCGGUGAAGAAAAGUCAUCGUUAAGUCCAAAUAGUUCCAGGACAGCAGGAGCGUUUGGUUGUACAGCUGCAGCGACUGCAAAGAUGGAUACACUUACAGUUCCAUCAAAGAUGCAGAUUCCACCACCAGAAGUGAUUACUCCACCUGUAAGGAGGAGUCCACCACCACUGGAAAUGACUACGCCGAAACCGAAGAUGAGUACGUCUCCAACAAAAACGGAGACACCUUCGCCGAAGACGAUCGCUCCUCCGCAAAAGGUUGCACCAACUACAAAAAGCACACCAGCAACAACACACACCCUAACAUCGAAGAUCACACAAGCUCCUUUUCUCUUUAAAGCAACUGUGUCUUCACCUACCACAACAACCAUACAAACGUCAGCAGCAGGAUCUACAACCAUAACAACAAACCAGAAGAUCCCAGGUUUAUGGACUGCUUCAGGCACAACAACAUCUCCAACCGUGGUUAUGACUACAUCCAGUAAUCUACCAAGGUUUAAUGUAAAAGAGAAUGCUCCAGCACCAUCAUCAGUCCAUAGUCUUCAAAAGGAAAGUUUGGGAGUUCCUGCUGUAAUGUCUCAAGGCAAAGGGAUGUCUUUGUUUAAAUCUGUGCAACCACCUGUGCUGGAAACAGCAGACUCAAAAUUAUCCCAGCCAAACGGCACUGUCACAAGACCAAUAAAGACAAAAGAUGAACUGCUACCACCAAAGACGACUGGACCUCCUCUCACAAGUUUGGUCACCUCCAAGCCCAAUUCUCCACCAGAAUCCCCACUUACAGAGAACAUCACACCAAUCCUUAAACUUCUAAAGGCUCCUGUAGCAACACCACAAAACAUAGACAAGUCUUCAACAAAUGCACAAACAACAAAAACACUCACAAUGAAAUCAUCUGCAUUAUCACCUUCCACAUCAGCAGCAACCUCCUUUCUCCAACAUGUCUACAGCUGUCCUGAAUCCUUGCAAAGUCUUCAGGCCCCUGGAGGAAAAGCAGAGCCUGUGACCACAGUAACGCCGCUUUUUGGGAAGUCUGGGAAUGCGUCAUCAGGAGUCACCUGCACCAGACCGCAAAAGACUGGAGGGAUACAGAUCAAAAUAAGUCCGGCGUCUGAGAAAACCACAAGUCAAAAUGUCAAAGUGCCACCCAAGACCUGCUUAAAAAUGAUAGAUGAUGUUCCUCCAAAGCCAGCCCCUUUCUCACAUCGGUGUGUGUCUCUGAAGACGAGUCCGCCAUCUGACUUCAGCAUCCAUACUCGAGAAGUGCUGGGAGGUGGUCGUUUCGGCAAAGUACACAAAUGCACAGAGAUUAAAACCGGGCUUAGACUGGCAGCCAAGAUCAUCAGUACCAGAACUGCCAAAGAGAGGGAAAUGGUGCUGAACGAGAUCGAAGUAAUGAACCAGCUGAAUCACGCCAACAUCCUUCAGCUCUUUGAUGCCUUCGAGACCAAAAAUCAAGUAGUGUUGGUCCUGGAGUAUGUGGAAGGAGGUGAGCUGUUUGAGAGGAUUGUGGAUGAGAGCUGCCCCCUGACUGAAGUGGACGCCAUGGUGUUUGUGAAGCAGAUCUGCGAGGGCAUCCAGUACAUGCACCAGAUGUACGUCCUUCACCUCGACCUAAAGCCAGAGAACAUCCUUUGUGUGAAUCGGUCGAGUCAUCAGAUCAAGAUCAUCGACUUUGGGCUUGCCAGAAGGUACAAACCACGAGAGAAGCUCCGAGUUUCAUUCGGGACACCUGAGUUCCUGGCGCCAGAGGUGGUCAACUUUGACUUCGUUUCCUUCCCUACAGAUAUGUGGACUCUAGGAGUUGUCACAUACAUGCUAUUAAGCGGCCUUUCUCCAUUUCUGGGUGAUGAUGACAGCGAAACCCUAAACAACGUAUUAACAGUCAACUGGUAUUUUGACGAGGAGACAUUUGAGCAUGUCUCAGAUGAGGCCAAAGACUUCAUCUCCAACCUGCUCAUCAAAGAGAGGGGUGGCCGUCUUAGUGCUGCUCAGUGUCUUAAGCACCCCUGGCUGAAUAAUAUAUCAGAGAAAGCAAAGGGGAGCAAUAUUAUCCUAAAGUCGCAGGUUCUCCUCAGGAAAUACAUGGCCAGGCGGCUGUGGAAGAAAAACUAUAUUGCUAUAGCAGCAGCCAACAGGUUUAAGAAGAUCGGCAGCUCAGGAUCCCUCACAUCACUGGGAGUUUGAAAUGUUCCUCCUCUCUGACUUUCAACAAAUGUAAUGUUAUUUUAUCAUGCCCACUAUUGUAGUUACUAUUUAAUAUCGAAAGAUAACCCUUAGUAAUGUUACAAUAAUAUAAAUAGAUUUUAUUCCUGCCUCAUGCCCAGUGUUUCCAGGAAAGGCUCCAGAGACACCAUGACCCUGAUCAGGAUACUAAUGUUUGCAAUGUUAGACAUUUAGCUCCAGUUAAAAAGCAAACUGAAGCCAUAAAACUCAGACACCAAACAGAUUUUGGCUUAUAAAUUACUUUUGUAAAGGAAAACAUAUCAGUUUAAUGUCCGUAGCCUUUGUUUCCAUAUAGCUGAAAUAAAAAUAGAAACAACAUUAGUACAGUAAAAAAAAAACAUUGCAGUUCCCCACAACAAUGAAUAUAAAGUGACUAGUAGAGGGGGCAUGGUGGCUUAGUUAGCUUCAAGGUUAGGGGUUCGAUUCCUACCUGAGUUUGCAUGUUUUUCCAGUGCUUAGGAGGUUUCCUCCCCCUGUACAAAGACAUGUGCUGUAGGCUGAUUUCUAAAUUGUCUUUAGAGUGGGAGAGUUUGUGUGAUUUUGCCCUGUGAUGAGUUUGACCCUGACCAACUCCAUUCUCCCAUGACCCUGUGUAAGAUAAUGGGUACAGAAAAUGGAAAGAUGGAUGGAUUUAACAACUAUAGACUAUUAAUUUAAAGGCUGCUAAUCUGAUGUCAAACUUAAACCAUUUUUUGACUGUACACUGCCCUGCAUUAAAGAUGUGUUAACAGAAUUGCGACAUAAAUAUCCUCCAUCUCAGUUUUAUUUGUAUAGCCUUUUAAAUAAUACACACAGUAGAAGAGUAAGCACUAAAAGGAUGAUGUUCAGUGUUCCUAAUAAAGUGGACAGUAAGUGUAGUUCAUUCUACAGUGGUAACAGUUAUGCUUUACUCCACACGGUGGCACCACCUUAACCCUAAAUCAAGAAUGAAUAAGAACACAACGAACACCAUUUUAUCAGACUUUAUAAAAAUCUGCUGACUAUUAUGACCUUGUCUAUGACUUUGUAAUGUAAUGGUCUGGUGAUGCUGAUAGAAUCCACGCUAUUUCAAGGGACUCGAGGAACAAGGCAGGAGAUACCCUGGAUGGGUACCAUUGCAGGGUACAGUCGCAUACACACUCAUACACAAGAGACAAUUUAGAGAUGCCAAUCAGCCAACAAUGGACCAGUGGAUGAAUCUGGAGAACCCAGAGGAAACCAUCAAAGAACAUGCACAAAGGGUGGAAGUAGGAAUCAAACCCCCAAACGAGGCAAGCCUGAUAACCACUACCGACGUGCCUUUCUUCACAUGUUAUCUGACUCUUCUAUUCCAGCAUUGACCCUUACAUUGACUUUACAGGUGGUUUUACAUUAAAAACUUUUUCACAGCUGUAUGUUUCAUUGCAACAUGACCAGCACUGGAAAACUUUGAUUGAAACAUGACCAGCAAAGCAAACUUCCUAUUUGCUUGUUUCAUUUCUGCUAUGAAAG